UACCUUAACAUAAACUUAGAUCAGAAACAGAAAUGAAAAUGAGGUCUUGGGCCUUGACAAUGCUCUGUUUGUUGGCCGCAUUACUAAUUACAAUAGGCUCAGCCGAGCAAUGUGGUAGUCAAGCUGAGGGUGCGCUGUGCGCAGGAGGGCUUUGCUGCAGCGAAUAUGGUUGGUGUGGCACCACAUAUGACUAUUGUGGUCUUGGUUGCCAAAGCCAAUGCUCCAUCACUCCUCCUCCUCCUCCUUCCCCGCCAAGUGGUGGCGAUAUCACCAAUCUCAUUACUAGCACUAUGUUUGAUCUAAUGUUUCCAAAUCGAAACUACAGUACUUGCAAUGGCGAGGACUUCUACACCUACGACGCCUUCAUAACCGCGGCCGAGUCCUUCCCUGCCUUUGCCACCACUGGCGACACCGAUACAUGUGAAAGGGAGCUUGCAGCUUUCUUCGGCCAAACUUCCCAGCAAACUACUGGUGGCUGGGAUGCUGCACCAGGUGGGCGUUUCUUGUGGGGAUACUGCUUUAUUAAAGAAUUAAACCCGCCUAGUGACUACUGCGAUCAAGGAUCUCAAACUCAAUGGCCCUGUGCUCCCGGCAAGCAAUAUUACGGCCGAGGCCCAAUCCAACUUUCCUACAAUUACAACUAUGGACAAGCAGGAGAGGCCUUGGGAUUGGACCUCUUGAACAACCCAGAUCUAGUAGAAACUGACCCAGUCAUCUCAUUCCAGACGGCUCUAUGGUUUUGGAUGACUCCACAAUACCCGAAGCCUUCGUGCCACGAUGUCAUCAUUGGAAAUUGGACACCAACGUCAGCUGACCAAUUGGCAGGGCGGGUUCCUGGGUACGGCGUCAUCACAAACAUCAUAAAUGGCGGUCUUGAAUGUGGUCAUGGCCAGGAUUCAAGGGUUAAGUAUCGCAUAGGGUUCUAUCAGAGGUACUGUAGUGAUGAAAUAUUUGAUGUUAGCACCGGUGACAACCUUGACUGCUACAACCAGUCGCCUUUCGGAACCGGACUCUUGCUUGACUCUAUGUAAUUGCAACUUCCCUACCGUUGUUGCAAUCAGUUCAAAACUGCACAAGCCACUGUUGUACUAAACUAAAAUAAGUGUGCACAAUAAUAAUGACUAUCAACUUUUUCUGUUC